UGGCCAUCCGCGCCUGCCAAUCACCUACAAGUACGUUAAGUUGCGUUAUGCUGUGACAUACGCUCUGUUUUGACGUGACGAGGAAAGGUUGAGCGUUCACAUGCGACACGCAAACUCUGUGACACAGAUGCAGUUGGAGAAUGGCUGGCAAAUCGAAUGCAUGCAAGGUCCGGAACGUGGACAUCAACCCGUGCAUUGAGGAGAGUGAUGGUUCUCAAAAAUGUCUGGAUGCAUACAACUAUGAUAAGAGCAUGUGUUAUGCAUACUUCACGAGGUAUAAAAACUGCAGGAAAUACUGGCAUGGUGUGAUGCUGCAGCGUAGGCGUGAUGGAGUAAAGCCUGAUAUGCCAGCCGCUGAUGAGCGGGAACGGAUCAUCACAGCCCUUGGAGGGAAGCCCUACUAGCUGCGCAGCAGCAGUUAGAACAUAAGUGUGUGUUUGGACUCAAAACAGAAAGUUCUAGCGGAGGAGACGCGCUACGAAUCUGUCCUUUUGGAUUUAUGAAAAUGCAUUUCAGUCCUGUAUAGAGAAAGAGGGAAAUACAUACUUGCAUAAUUUUUAGCAAUUAUGUAGUUGUGUAACAACUCAUCCCGUGUUUGUAUGGACGAUACUGUCGAUGGCUAAUUUAAUGUAUUCAGUUAUUAAAAUAGAACCAUUUUUAAUAUG